AUGAUAUUUUCUCUAAUUACAACAAAUAGUUUACAUUGUUUUAACACUUUAAUUGCCUUAUUUUGUCAGAUCUUCUAUGCUCUUGUUGACCAGACACUUUUUGGAGAGCAGCCACUCCCUCAUGGUGACAUUAGUUCUGUUGUCGCCGAACUAAAAAGAGAGCACACCAAUUAUGGACAUGUGGAAGGCACGCAUUGGGAGACCCGAUUCAGUCAUCUGCUUAAUUAUGGUGCAGGUUAUUAUAGCUAUUUGUAUGCUAAGUGUUUUGCUGCAACCAUAUGGAAAAAACUGUGCGAGGAGGAUCCACUUUCAUCAACUACAGGAUUUGCUUUAAGAACAAAGUUCUUACAGCAUGGAGGUGCCAGAGAACCAGAUGCAUUGUUGAAUGAUCUAAUGGGAGAUGGAAUAUACAGGUAUCAUGAUGGAGGGAUAGUGCCUGAUAUUUCAUGUCUUUGUAAUGAAAUGAAGCUGGUUGAGGAAUAUCCUAUGGAGGUCCAUUUGUAGUGAUUUUUAGGAAAUAGGACUGAAUCAACUAGCUAGUACUCAGCAUAUUUUCCUCAGCGACACAGCAAACAGUUGUACCAUUCAAACUAUGGUGUCAAUUUUUUUUGGUGUCUCAAUAUCUUUAUUUACACGACCCUAUCAUAUGAAAAAAGUAAAGUGAGAGGAUCCAGUUUUGACGUAAGGCACAAUUUCAAGUGACAAUUACAUAUGCACUUACAUCUAAACACAGGUUGAACAGCAGACCUUUUUUAU